GGCAAUACCGUGGAUUUUGCCUAGACUAGACACAGUUCAUGUCAGAAUUGACAAGAAUGUACUUUUUGUAGGUUAGGAGAAUUCACACACCAGGUUACGAUAAUCAAUGUCACAGGUUAGGAUAAUUAGGUCAAGGUUAGGAAAGGGGUAGGCUAAAAUAAAUCAACUUUUGACGUAUAUUUGACAUAAACUGCAUCCCAUCUAGCGAUGAGCAAUACUGUGGCACUGAAACGGUCAGCUGCACAGAUCAGGAACAAGGAAGACACAUCGCUACUAGAUACCAUACAUCUUUGAAGCGUGCCUGUACUAUCGGCAGGGAACAGAUAGAAAGGUUGAACAAGUUACGGAUUUCACGCUGCUUCAGAACGCAAGCUUGGUCUCGAACAGUAAAGCUGGUGGCGCGAUCUGUCGCGAUGUUGUAAACCAUGGACAGCAGAAUAAACGAGAUUCCGGAAAGGACGUUUGAUUUGGUACUACAGAUUGCAUGCCCAACAUCAGAAAAUGAAGAUCCUGCCGUGCUGUGGAGCUUCCCCCAGGACUACACAGACCAGGAGUUUCUCCAGACGAUACCCAAGUUCUGCUUCCCCUUCGAUGUGGAGAGGGUUUCCCAGAGUCAGGUGGGCCAGAACUUUACCUUUGUGCUGACGGACAUCGAGAGCAAGCAGAGGUUUGGCUUCUGCAGACUCACUUCCGGCUGCCGUGUCUGCAUCUGUCUGCUCAGUUAUCUCCCCUGGUUUGAGAUCUACUACAAGUUCCUGAACACACUAGCAGAUUACCUAACCAAAAACCAGGAGAAUGAGCUGAAUGACAUGCUGAACUCACUGUACAGCUUGCCGGUGCCAAAGCCCUUCACCCCAGUCAACCUGAGUGUGACCGCGCUGUUGCAUAUAGCCACUGGGCAAGUACUGAGAGAUGCACCAAGCCGGCAGCCGCACUCCUACUUCAUAGCCCCAGAUAUCAACGGCUUGCCCACAAUCCCCGAGAGUAGGAACCUGACAGAGUAUUUUGUGGCGGUGGACGUCAACAAUAUGCUGCAUCUGUACGCCAGCAUGCUGCACGAAAGACGCAUCAUCAUUACCUCAAGCAAGCUUAGCACUUUAACUGCGUGUGUCCACGGCUCUGCUGCCAUGUUGUUCCCCAUGAACUGGCAACACAUUUACAUCCCUGUACUGCCUCCACAUCUACUGGACUACUGCUGUGCCCCCAUGCCAUACCUUGUGGGAGUUCAUCUCAGUCUGCUGGAGAGAGUGCGCAGCAGGUCAUUGGAGGAUGUAGUGAUUCUGAAUGUGGACACCAACACACUGGAGAGCCCCCAGGAUGACCUGCAGAACCUGCCCAGCGACGUGGUCCACUCUCUGAAGAGUAAGCUAAAGAAGCAGUCGACAUCAACAGGAAGCGGAGUAGCAAGGGCCUUCCUCCGGGCUCAGGCUGCUCUGUUUGGAUCCUACCGAGAUGCCCUCCGAUACAAACCUGGGGAACCAGUCACGUUCUGCGAGGAGAGCUUUGUGGCUCACCGCUCCAGCACCAUGAGAAACUUCUUGGAGAUGGCGGUCAACCUGCAGCUCUUCAAACAGUUUAUUGACGGCCGGCUGGCCAAGCUGAAUGCAGGCCGAGGCUUCACUGACCUGUUUGAAGAGGAGAUCAGUGAGGGAGGCUUCUGUGGAAGUAAUUCCAGAUCUUAUCAACAGUGGGUGCACACCGUCAAGAGAGGCGGCGUGCUGAUCAACACUGCAAUGACUAAGGCCAAGAGUCAUGCCAAGAGGGGCAUUCGCAGGCUCAAGCAAAGGGUGACCUAUGAAGAGGAGGAUGAUGGGCCGUUCUGCUCAGGGUCUCCCACCAGCACCAAGAGUCUGUCACCACGGAGACUGCAGAAGAGGAGACAUCAUUAUUAUGCAAAGUCUUCCAUGGGAUGUCCUGACUUUGCCAUCGAUGACGAUGAACUGGACACUGCCAGCAAGAUCUCGUCUGAGGACAGUGGGGAGAUGCCGUCCUACACUGAGGACAGUGACGACUCCUAUUCGUUGGAGCUAGACACAGACUCCUCCCACACAGGCCAGAUGAACCUAUUAGAGGAGAUCCUUGACUCUCUGAGCACCACCAGCACAGAGCAUGGAAAACUCAGCGCUGCCAAGAGCCUGGACUUCUUCAGAUCUAUGGACGACAUCGACUAUAAGUCUCCGAACAAGUCCAACCCCCACAGUGAGAGUAAUCUGCCCCAGAUGUGUACCAGUGGCAGCAGGGUGGGGGGAGUAGGUGGGGGAGGGGAACAGGGAGGAAGCUGGCAGGAUGACAGUGCCCUCCACGGGAAGCACCUGCCCCCCUCCCCUCGUAGACAGCCUAGCAAGAGCAGCCUCAAGAAGCCAAAGCAAAACCCCUUGACAGGCUCUCCACCGGCCACAGCUGCAGUCCCAGCCAAGGACAACAAGGUCCCCAAUCUCCUGCCCAAGAUCCAGGCCCUUCAGACCAAGACCCAGCCCCUUCAUGCCAAGCCCCCAAUCUGUCUCUCUAAGCCCCGUCCAGAGGAGCCUUCGCUCCCAACACCUCCAUCACCACACCUGGGAGACGAAAACCCCUCUUCCAGCCGCUCUCCUGCACCAACCCGUGCAUCCACACACAAUCCUCCACCGGCAACACACACCCCUCCACACACCUCAACGCUGACCCGUGUUAGAGCCUCCACAGACCCCCAGCCUGAGUCUGAGACCAAACCCCAGACCACAUCCAGCAUCCUGCGGGGGAAUGUGCUGUCCAAGGAGACGGCGAGGCAGGACCAGGCCCUCCGGAGGCAGGGCAGUCAGGACAAAGAGAGGCAGGGUGUGAAGGCCGGGCAGCCCUCCGUGCAGGUCCCCUGGGAGAGAGGGAGGCCAGAGGAGGGGGGGCAGGGAGAGGACCAGGGCCUAGGACUAGGGUUGGGGAAGGAACAGGGCAGGGUCUCUGGGGCAGAGGUCCAGGAGAAAGGCCUUCUAGAGGAAAUAGAGUCUAUGUGUCAUCUCAGCUCAGCCUUCCAGACCAGCCUACAGCUGUCCCAGGUCCAGUGCCACACCAACAACACACAUAAUAAUACCUACGCCAACAGCCACAGCAAAGCCACCGACAAGUCCUGAGACGGACAGGGACAGGGAAAGGGGUACUUGAGGUAGAAGUUGCCCUUAAGAAUCAGACUGCCCUCCCCAAAUCCUAACCUUAACCACUUAGUGAAAAAUGUUUACGAAAAGAUCAGUGUGUUUAAACAGAGAACAAAUUCAUUUUUCCUUCGAUCUGAAAGUAUUGUAAAAACACAAAGUAAACCCCCAUGACCUUGGUAACUCUUCCACUGUACAGUCUCCUAACACAAUGCCUUAAACCAGGGAUGGGCAACCGCGGGACGCCUUUUGUAGGUCUGAGGAACCAAUUUCACCAAAAAUAUACAACUUUUUUUUAGGAACUCAGUCGGGGUUUCAACUUGCUGUUAAGAGUUAGAAUAAUAGAGUACACAAGGUGCAAUUUCGAAAUGUAAUUGUGCAUCAGUAGUCACUCAAUUAGCCCAUGUCGGCUACAUUUUUAAUUUUUUUAAAAAUGGUCAGUUAGUCUAGUGGCCAGCUACCUAAACUUGUAGUAAGCAUGGUCGAAUUAUAAAUUAAAAACUGUUAACAUUUGCCUCCACCCUCUAUGGCACAAUGUGUGUAAUUACAGGAAAUUAGCUGUAAAAUGUCUAAUUAUUCUCUCUGCCCCAUGGCAGAAUGAAUAGAAUUGCAUGAAAUUUGUUACAAAAUUGCUAAAUCUUCUCUCUACCCCUGCAAAAUGUGUAGAAUUUCAGCAAACUUGCUUUAAAACGGCAACAUUUUCUCCACGCACUAUGGCAAAAUCUGCAGAUUUGCUGUUAAUUAAUUUAAAAACUUUAAAUUGGUGGGGUGUCCAAAUCAAAUCAAAUCCAGCCCCUCAUGAUGAGUUUUUUUUGUGGCCCCCGCCCCUAUCAAAGUUGCUCAUCCCUGCCUAAAACGGAGGUGUGCUUUGCAUUUGGUACUGCUCAGUCUUAAAAUUAAUACUGUAACUGUUACGUUGGAAGCAGUUGACCUGCUUAGAUCUACUAUGUGGAACGCAGCCAGCUUUCUCACUGUGCUUAGAUAUAUUAAGAUAGUUUAAUAUAUGUUGCACUCAGAGAGAAGCUCUAUUUAGUUUGAUUUCAGAGGCUUAUCUAUUUAGAGAUGUAUUUUUCUCAAGUGUUUGUUUCUCAGGAUACUCCUGUCUGUUAGGAAAGAAAGGCGAAAAGGACUUGUGUAAAUACCGCGGAUAUGAAUGAGUAGACAAGCCCAUCCAUGGCACCUAUCGCACCGUCUCUUGGUCGGUCUCUCUCUCUCUCCACAUCUCUCUCCAUCUCUCGCUUCCUGUCUCCAUCUCGCCACUCCUUCCCACUCGUGCCUCGCUCUCCUCCAUUCACCCUUCCAUCCUCACCAUCUCCCACAAUCUCUGUCUAUCCUCCUACCCUCACACACUCUCCUCCUUUCUCUGAGGAUGGAUUUACCCCAGUCUUUUACCCAAAAGGCUCAGACUUUUCUGUUUCCAUCUACGCGGGCUGGCACCCGCGUCUCCAUGGGCUAUGGGUAGUUUUCAGCCUUCGUUUACAUAACAAUGGCUAACUGGGAACUUGGAACGCCUUGUCACAAAGCAACAGUCUUGAUGAUACAGACGUUGUUGAUUCUGCCCCCCCCCCCCCCAAGUCUUUAGUGUCACACUCCUGAUGGAAAUAAUAUCACUAGAGCUUACACUGACAGCCCACUGGUAUGGGGGUAUGUCAUUGGUAAAACACCCAUGAGUGCUUUAGGAGGAGUGUGACUUCACCACUUGAAAUCUCUGCUAUGUGCACACACCGAACGAAAUGCGCUGUCCCGUACUCUGAUGCUACCGCACUGUGUUUGACUGGAAGGCUUGAGAUGAUUGUAGAAUAGUAAUAAAGCAAUUACGGCUCUCCUCUGAGAAUGUGGACGGACGGCCAAAGAGAUUUUCAUAAGAAUCUCCCAUGGAGAGAAUGCAAGCCCUUCUGGGUAAUGUCCAGAGAUGGUGGCCACUCACUAUCGUACCACUAUGGUACAUACAGACAAAAGAAAAUAUUUUCCAGUGCUUGUUUGUGGUUAUGUUGAUGAUGAGUUUAGCCUGUUUACGCUAGCGAUUUGUGUGGCAUGCCGUUGGGUGUGACGGUUUAACGGUAACUCUUGCCCCCCUGUCCUGAGCGUCGGGCUGUGGUGACGAUGAGAUCGUAAAGCGAGUUCUCCGUGGUUCUGGGAAGACCUCACUUCAGCUAUUCAUUUGGAUUUGAAAGGGCCCCGUGUACAAUUUAUGUUCGCCUAUUCUAUGUUUCAAUUUUGCUAUUUAUUUGGGCAGCUUUGAAGUUGGAGCACUGUCUAUGUACUAUGCAAACAAAACGUAUUUAAAGUUUCCAAAUUCAGAAUAGAAUUUGAGGUUACCACUAUAAAGAUCAGGUAAUUGAUAAUCAUAUUUGUGAAUCCAUAGAUCCUCCGGCCUUUUCUGAGUACCACUUAGUAUGCUCAACACAAGUCAUUAGGGAGAAAUCGAGUGGCUUUAAAGAGUCGUCCCCUCAACAUUUCAAUUGAUAUCGUCUGUAUAUGCAAAAGAGACCAAGGACCACUGGUCCAGUCAGUAGGGAGGCCCUGAGAAUAAGCCACGUCCUUAAAGAUGGAAUCCGAAUUGGGGGGGGGGAACAGCACCAGUGGUUUCUGAACUGAGGAGCGUCGCGCAGCACUGUAAAACAAAUUGCGGUACAUAUUGUGCUCGUCUAUGUGCAAUGAUGUCCGAGGAAGAAAAAAACUGUGUUUGCUGUUUACAGUAACUUAUUUGUUGUUGAAAUAUCGCAAACGGACAUGGUUGUUUUCACCAUUAAGGAUUCCAGCUUUAAAUGCAUGUUGGUCAGUUCUUUCACCUAUGAGAUCCACUAGAAAAUGCUUCAUUUCUGUUUAAUUCUUUCUAUUUCUGUUUUAAAAUGUUGUCAUGAGGCUUUACUCUAUGUGUUCUUUUUUUCCCAUCUGUGCUGAUAUUUCAAUGGUCUUUCAUACUGAACUCACUAUGGAGAAGGAUCUUGUUAUGCUUUGUUGUAGGUAGUUAUAUUUUAAGAUUUAUUAUAGAUGACAGAUUGUAUUUUUUGUGUUUUAAGUAUAUUUUACAAGGAGAAUAUAUAACUGGUAUAAUAAUAUAUUGUAAAUGAUUCGUAGAACAAACAAGAUUUGAAUGUUGUUAUAUAAUUUUUUUGGGGUGGGGGAAAUAUUUUGUAUAAUUAUAAAAUGUGUUAUCUCAAACCAUUUGCCAUCCAGCCACUCACGUAUCAUGUUACAGCAUUUCUGAUUCCUGAGAUAGAUGACCGAAACGGCAUACCUAUGAAUUUAACUUCCUUUUUUUUUUCAAUUUGUGUUGUGCAUGUACAGUAGAAUAUCCUAUUAUUCCAUUCCCCUGGUUCAAACUAUCUGUGUGUAUUGGCCAUGUUCUGCUGAUCUUAUUUGGUUGUUAAAUCAGCUCAAGAUUUAACACAAAAAAAAAGGUAGUGUCAGGUACGGUAGUGUUGUCCAGUAUCCACAAUUUGUUUAGCCAACUUGAAAUACUUUAUUAUUAGUUAUUUCAUCUACUACACGACUACUGUAUUAACUGCGAUGGAUUGGGAUGUUUUACUUGAGCAAAUGUCUUACUAACACUUGCAAUAGUCAGCUAGGAAUCCUUUGAGGCUGAGUAUCUGUGUACUGAAAAGCUGGUUAUUUUUAUGACUGAAUGUCUGUUUUACCGUCUCAAAGCUUUACUGCCUGACGCAGAAGAAAAUAGGACGAAAGCGAACCUCUUCUAAUUCUCUUUUUCUAAAUGCUGCGAUUGCAUUUCCCUUUUUCCUAAAUACUCGUGUGAUAUGAAAGAUCAAAACCCCACUGGUUGUCAGGAACUAACAGAGGCAUGUCACCUGUCUCUUUAACCUUCCUUUCACUGCAGUGACAACACUGAGACUGUUGACACAGUGUUCAUGUUCAUUCGUUCACCUUUCCCACUGGUCCCUCGACAUGGUACUGUAGUUAUUUGAAUAUGCCGUACGCAACCUACUGAAGUCUAGUGCGUGCACACUUAAUCGCAUGUUCUCAAUGCAGAGAAAAACUGUUGUCUUAAAUAACGUAUAGGUCAAUCUAAUGUGCUAUCGAUGGAAUGGUACAACUGUAUGCACUGUGAACUUAAAAAUAAAUUCUAUUCAUGUUAA